AUGCCAAAAACCUACCUAAUAACCGGCGCCUCGUCCGGCCUAGGGCGCUCACUGGCUCUCGCAGCCCUAAAAGCCGGACACACCGUCCUGGCCACCGCGCGCAACCCGCUGCUGGCGGCGCAACACAACCCGCAGAUCACCGCACAAGGCGGGAUCUGGCUCCCGCUGGACGUGACCUCGCCGGACGCGACGGCGCACCUGCGCGCUGCCCUCGGCGACCGCGCCGUCGACGUGGUGAUCAACAACGCGGGGUACGCGGUGCUGGGCGCGCUCGAGGACAUGACGGAUUCCGAGGUGCGGGCGCAGUUCGAGACGAAUGUGUUUGGGGUUGUGCGCGUGCUGAAGGCUGUUUUGCCUUUGAUGCGGGCGAGGCGGCACGGUGUCGUGGUUAAUGUUAGUAGUAGCGCGGGGUUGGAUGGGUUGGCUGCUUGUGCUGGGUAUGCCGGGAGUAAAUUUGCUCUUGAGGGGAUGUCGGAGAGUCUUGCGCGCGAGCUCGCGCCGUUCAAUAUCCGCGUGCUGCUUGUCGAGCCGGGCACUCUGCGCACGAACUUCUGGUCGGCCUGUGUGGAGCCUGCGGCGGGGAUGAACCCGGAUUAUGCGGGGCCGGCCUUGGAGAUGACGCUGCGGAGGUUCAGGGAGAAUCGCUUGCGGCAGGCUGGUGGUGGGGAUCCGGGGAAGGCGGCGCAGCGUGUUGUGGAGGUUGUUGAUGGGACGGGGCUGGGGGCUGGGUUGGAGGGCUUGUUGCGGUUGCCGCUGGGUGAGGAUUGUUAUCGGCGGUUUGAGGCCAAGGUCGAGGGGCUGCGGGAUACGUUGGUGCAGACUAGGGAGAUUGCGCAUUCCAUUGGGGUUGAUUCUUAA